GACAAAACCCUCCGAAGAAACAGUAGCUCCCGCCCCCUGGAGAGCUUGCUCCAAACUCUUCCAUGCAAUCCCUCGCUAAACGAAUCCGCACCUUCCACCGAUGCCUCCCUCUCGCCGCCGCCGGCUCCCUCUGCUCGCCUCGGCACUACGCCGUCCCGUCGCGGCGGCGGCCGAAGUCGCCGCCUCUCGCGCUCAAGAAGUCGGAUGAGAAAUCGGAGUGGUGGGUCGUGGACGGCGAGAUGCACGAGAUCGGCGACAACGUGCCUCCGCGCGAGCGUUUCGUGAUCCCGAGGGACAACAUCCCCAACAGGCGGCGGAAGCAGCUCAGGGAGCAGUUCAUGCGCCGCACCCGCCUCGUGCUCAAGGAGGCGGAGCAUGAGCCUUGGUGCAAAAGGUAUACGGAACUGUAUAAUGAGCUUAGGGAGAAUUGGGAGAGGUUGUAUUGGGAUGAAGGGUAUUCAAAGAAAAUUGCCCAAGAUCAUGCAAAUUAUGAAUCUGCUGAGGAUGAUGAUCAAGAUUUUUCCCCAUACAGGAGCAGGAGGUCUUAUGCAGGCCAAGUCAAGGAGCAAGGAUUUGUAAGGAAUGGACAAGGUGAUACGUGGGAAAAGGUUAACCAAAUUCGAGAUAAGUUCGAAUAUGAUAGAGAGAGAAGAACGAGGGAGAAAGCAUUUGCACCAAUGAACGCAACACCCCCUUCAGAUGAUCAAGGUGCAAGCUCCCGGUAUCAGCCAUUCGAUGCUCAGAGAUACUUUUCAGAAAGUGAAAGUGACUGAUGGUUCCCAUUAGAGUUCUGUAUCUCACCGGCUAAAAGUGGCAUAUCAGGCAAAUUUGUCCUUGACAAGUCACUCCGUUCCCAUGCCAGAGCCAGUAAAAGCAGUGAUUUGUGCGGUACUAUCACUUGUGGUGGUUGAUGAAGCCAACCUCGAUGCAGAUUCAGCAGAGCAUUUUGCACGGCAUGCUCUGGGGGAGUGCUCAGAGGAUCUGGACUGUAACCCUCUUUUUUCACUUAUACCUAUGUAUGAGAUAGGAAUAUAACUCUACAUGGUUCAGUGUAAUUUUGUAUCAGAACCUGAGAACUUUAAUCUCUUUAUCAUCCUAUUGCUUUCC